CCGGGUAAAAUACUUUACUGUUCCGCCAUUUUGCUUCUGUAAAGUUUGUAUUUUAAUCAGGAAUCGAAAGCCCUUCCUCUUUUUCACUUUACUUUUAUUAAGUUAUGCACGCUAUACUUUACUCGUAGGCGCGAAAUCUAACAAUGAGUGGAAAAGACGGUAAACGAGCUAAGGGGCGCAGAAACCAGUAUUCUCAUUCUAAGAAUGCGACGUCGACUUCCUCCGUACAGUCCCGUGUUGGUGCCUUUGGCCUUGGUGUAUCAGCUCCAACUACUCCUAACCCAUUCAAACCAUUUGGAAGCAGCGUUACUAUGAACGUAAAUGACGUUGCAACAGAAUUUGGAUUUACUUUGAAGCCUUCACAAGAAGAUGCCAUGAGAAUCACAGAACUCAUGGAUGCUCCUGUUGACUUGGAUAUUCCUGUACAUGCCAUUAGUCGAGGUCCUAAUCCUUAUCUUGAUAGGUGCAUGUAUUGUAAUACUCCACGUACCACAUCUCAAGAUGAAGAUGAUGGGCUGGAGCUUUUAGAUCUUCAGCUGGAUGGUAAUACUGUAAUUAGCAGCCCUACCAAUCCCCAGUCAUAUAGCUCGCUGAAGCUAGAAAUUUGGACUUGUGUCAAUUGCAGGAAAGUUGCAGGGAAUUUUCAAUCUUUUUUGGAAGCCAACUUUCCUCAAGCUUCCUAUGACUUACCAUUUUUGCAUGAAAGAUGCAUUGAUCCAUUAUCAUGUGCAAGAUGCCAGGAAGAGCGUGAGAACCAUGAAAGAGAAACACAAGAGCUUCAAGAAAAUUGGGUAGAACUGCGUUCAAUUGUAAAAGAUCUGUACAGUAGCAAAGAAGAAAUAGUUCUUUCAGAAGAACAGGGUCAGAGACUUCAGUUUCUAGUUGACAAACUUUGUAGUAGAGAUCCUCAUCAGCUCUUUCUGCGUCUUGAGUCUCAAGUUCGAGAGAUAGUUAUGGAUAUGAAAACAAGUUUGCUAAACAAGCUUAAAGAAAAUGGCUGUGAUACCCCUGAACUAGCUCUUGAUUUCACCCGUUCGCUUCUGUCUCAUUAUGAUUUACUAACAGAAAAAUCUUGCCUCCUUGCUCGAUAUCUAGGGGGAUUGAGUGAGCAUCUAAGACGUUUUAAGGUGACAUGGGAACUGUUAAAUAAGCACCUGUUUCAUUCAAUAGCACACAAUGAUCCUGCCAUCAGCAACAGUGGUCCAACAAUACUAGAACAUUUAAGGCAAGGCUCUGUUCAGUAUGAAAGAUCUAAAGAAGAUCCAUACUGUUCUGUUAGAAAGCGUCUACUCAAGUUUCAGGAAGAAAUGUCAGUGGUAGUUGUUGUUUGGAGAGAUUGUCAACAGUUGAUAGAAAGUUAUUGUCAAGAGGAGGUUAAGAAUACUCAAAAACAGGUGUCCAGUAAAGCACGCAGUUUUAUAAAUCAGCAGAGGCAGUUCUUAAAAGAACAUCUAAUGAAAGAGCCUCUAAUAAUGGACAAAGCAUUAUCUGAAACUAUGAAAAACCUUAUGUCAGGACACAAGACAUCAACUGAGAAAGUACUAUGCCAUCAGUGUAAACGUGAGAGGUGUACAUGUGAUGAAUGUACUAUAACUCAUAUGAUAACUUGUGGCAUAAUAAACAGUGACAAAGGGGAAAUACCACCUCCACCAAACUCAUUCAACUUUGCCCUAGACAGAACAAUUAAUAUUAUGGAUCUCACGCCACCCUCCAUGUCUAGCACAACAUCCAGCAGUGGUUCUGUCUCACCCAUCAAUAUUGAAGAUAAGCUCACCACUUUUUACAACUGUGAAAGAGUGCUACAAGAGGAAUUCAGGGAUGAAUUUGGUGAUGUUUUAAUGAAUUGCAAUGAACGUGAAGGCAAGGCACCAAGUUUGUCAGAAGAUGCAAAUGAUGAUAUUGAUGAUAAUGCAGGAGAUGAUGAAGAAGAGGAUGAUGAUGAUUAUGGAGAUGAUGAUUCUACUGACAAUCAAGAUGCUGGUAGUGAUGAACCUCAUGCUUUACAGCAGAUACCCAUUUGUGAACUUAAAGACGAUGAACUAUGGGAGGCUAUGCAACGCCAUCACCAGCAACAACAGCAUCACCAACAUCAACACCACCAACAUUUACUUUGUGAUAGAAUGAGCACCCAGCACAACUGUGUACAGUGUCAUCAAGUGAAGCAAGAUCAACAGUGUCCUUUUCAGCCAAGAAUAGAUCCUGAGUUAUCUAGACAGCUAGAUGCGGAACUGGCAAAGUCAGGUUUACUACCUGGUGGUGCAGGAGACUAUGGAGGGGACACUGUGGCUGGAUCUGGGGAUAAUACAGCAGAUAGCCAGGGGAGUGGUGAUAGUAUGAACUCAAAUGUUUGUACCACCUGUCAGUGUCAUGCUUGUCUCAAUCAGAGUGGGCAGGUUAUCUCCACAUCUUUGCCUUUACAAAUGCCAGUAUCACCAUCACCAUCUGAGCUACACUUGUAUCCUCACAUUCAUGGGCUUCCCCAACAUAGUCAACAGAGAUACAUGUCAGAUCUGACAUCUCAGUUAAUGUCAUCUAUCAAACUGCCUGUGAAACUAGACUUUAGUGAUGCACCUGGAAUGCAGGACCAUCUUUAUCACGCAUACAGUGACUGGGAUAACACCAUGCCACACAUAGGAUCUCUUGCUGCUCAUCAUCACCAACAGCAUCAACAGCGGCUAUCAUCACUGGCUACAGAGCUGCCGCAUCCACCAUUGGUUACUUCUGCAUCUUUUACAUUUGACUACGCUUCGCACCUGGCUACACACACAACAAACACUUCUACUACAAACACUACUAGUGCAUUCAAAUCAGUUGCUGGCAAACAUUUUACCUCGUCAAUCCUGCCAACAUUUAACAAUGUAGAAAACAUGGCUUCUGAGGGAAGUUCUGUUGAUCCUAGCAAGCCCUUAGAUUUUGCAUCAAUGGCUAAAAUUCCUCAGUCCUGUUUAAAUUCUCUCUCGCCUGCUUCUUUCUCUCUCUCUCCAUCUUUCACAUGCCCUUCUUCUAUAAACCCUUCUUCACCUAUGCCUAGUCUGCCAGUGACUUCUAAGUCUUCAGGACCCUGUCAUGGUCCACCUCAUUGCUCUAGACCAGCUACAUUGGGUGGCAAUGCCACCUCUAGUAAAUGGGAAAGAAACCUCCUCCAUUGUAAGAAAACUGCUGGCUCAGGUUUCAUCAAUAAACAAAUGUCAGGGGUCCAGGGGCAACAGCAACAGUGUAAUUUAGGAGUAUUACCUUUUGCUGGUGGAUUGCAAACAGCCCAAACAUUACCUUCUUCUCAAGCUUCGAAAAACCCUUUUCCUGCUCAUCAUCAUAAAGAUGAAGCUGUGCGACCAAUCAGAGCGCCACUUCCUUGUUCUCACUCUUCCAACUCCGUGUCUCGGCCUGGAGGAUUAUCACCUCAUACCACAGCAACUGUCUCUUCUACUACCAAUGUACCUACAGCAAGUGGAUCCAGUGCAAAUUUGUCAUGUAAUAGCAGCAACAGUCUUUCUACUAUGGUCAAUAAUAUUGGUGUAGGAACAUCCACACCAUGCAAUGAUCCUGUCUGUGAGGCGCACCAUCAUGAUGAUAAUUGUGACAGUGUUGAUGAUAGUUGUUCUGAGAAAAGUUCCAGCACCUCUACAUCAAACCAAAAGGAAGGGAAAUACUGUGACUGUUGCUACUGUGAAUUCUUUGGCCAUAAUAAUACUCAGGUUGCAAAAACAAGUACAAACUAUAUAGAAAUGAAAGACAGGCUGAGAAAAAAGUUAAAAAAAAGGCAGAGCGAGAGCAAACAUAAACAAAUUGGUCCAAAGAAUGGAGUUGUCCAAGAGACUUUCAAGGAGGAUUUAAAGGAUCCAUUAGAAAAGAAAGGGCUUGAAGGCUUACUUAGUUUUAUCAAUGGAACUGAUGAUUCAAACCAAAACAAAUGCAAAGAAAAAGAGCUAACUGCCAAAGCAGCAAAACGAGCUCGUCAGAAACAAAAAAAGCUUGAAGAAAAAGCAAGACAAGAAAAAACCUUCCCUUCUGAAAAAAGCCAUCAGCUUGAACCAGAGAAAACUCUUAGACAGCUGUUGUUAAAUCAGACAUUAGGGUCAGAGUUUGAUAAUCAAUUUAAAAUGGCUAAACCAAAGUCCAAAAGAGCUCAGAUGCUUUCUGAGAAAAAAGAUAUCCCUGUAGAAAAGACAGAGCAGUUGAAAGUGUCAAGUUUGCCUAUCAAACAAGAAAUAAAUAGAUCUUCCUUAAUAAUUGAAUCUACAAGAUCAACAAUCAACCCAUCUAAGGAUCUAGCUAGUGCUCAGCAAAGGUUGUCUAACAAUAAUAGCAAGGAUUCUUCUCAACAAAUUCUUGGUGUUUAUCAGUCACUGAAGCAACAGCAAAAAGUGAAAUCCCAGUCUGAUAAUAAUAACAGCACACCUAGCGUGCCCAUCUCUCAAAACAAAUCCAAUGGGACAGUCAGUGGAUUAUCAGCCAAGGCUGGGCCAGAGGGUAAUAAAAGCAAUGGGACAACCAAGCAGCAGCCAGAACAGCGCCCUAUUCAGCAGAAGCAACAAACUGUCAAGAGUGUCAAUGGCAAAGUCUCAGCAGCUUCACAGCAAGUUGGGAAUGGAAACCAUGUGCUCAAUGGUCGUGGUAGCCAGAUAGAUAAAAAAAGCCAGCCCCAACCUGCGCUAAUGAAUGGUGCACCAGUUAAAAAUCAGGUUGUCUCCACCACCCCAUCUGUACCAAUUACCGUGAUUGCUUCAAACAAUUCUAAAAGUACUGUAAUUGACAGUCCAGGUGCUGGUAGUGGAAGCUCAACCUCUCAGUCACCAUCCUGUGGGACUAAAGCAUCAUCUGAUCAGCAGGGAAAAUCUAGCAAGGCCAAGAAGAACAAAAAGAAAAACAAAAAUGGGGAUAUAAAUGGUGUCGAUGAAAUUUUCAUGCCUAAAUCAGAAUCUGAAUUAGAUGGAGAUGUUGAUGAAUUUGAACGUGAGUUGGAAGAAUUUAAAAGGUUUUGUUUUGAACCUGCUGAACCAAAAGAGAGGAGAAAGAUAGCUGUAAAUGUGAAUCUGAAGGAUAUCUUCAAGAAAAAAACUGGCUUGGUUUAAACAUUGACACAAUCACUUACAUUGACAGAAUAUUUGAUUGUGGUAACUUUUGUAUCUAUUGGUGUAAUUAUUUUGGAAAGUAGCACAAAUUAUGCAUACAGUACCUGAUAGUUUUUAUUUCUUUAAGUGUAAAUUGAAAUUUAAGCAAUUAAAAAUAGUGCUUUAAAUUAAAAGCACAACCUUGGUUGACAGUUGUGUUGUCAUUUCAGUUUUUAAGUUUUGGCUUUGUAUUUUUGAAAUUUUGUUAUUAGAACUAAACUAAUACAAAUUAAGAAUAUCAGAUUUCUAUAUUAGCUAAUUAUAGAAUCAGUUAUUUUUAAGUUGUGAAAUAAAGCUUACACAGCAACAAAAAUUUUCGAAAACAAGAGCUGAAAAUUUCAAGAGAUCAAUGAAAACAAGUAUUAAAUGUUUUUUAUAGACUAAAUUGAUUACAUUUACAAACAAGAUAGCUAAAUGUAUAUAUUUCUAGUUAGAAAAUUCUUUGGUAUUAGAUUUCAUUGUUUUAAUAUUUUAUUUUAAUGUAAAAAAAAGAUGCAAUCAAUUUUCAUCCUUAUACUUGUUUCAAUUGAUCGGCUAAGCCUCAAGUUUAAGCAAUUGUUGUUUUAACUUAAAAAAGGUUUGUUUUUAAAUUAAGCUGGUUGAAAUGUUAAAUUUCAAAUUAGCUUCCUUACAAGAAUGAAAUGUUUUUGUAUAGAGCAAUUACCUAAGCACUUUCUAAUACUUGUUAGAAUCAGUAUUCACAAUUUAAAACUAAUGAUGCUCCAUACAGACUGUUAGAAAACAAAAUAUCAGAUUCAGAUAAUAGCAGUGGUGUUGGCACUGCUCUUGCACCAAUAAUGAAUUGUUACUUAAAUCUUGUAAUGUUAAUUGGCAUGCUUUGAAUUUGUGCGGAUAUAUUAUCCCUCAUAAAUAUAACCCCUAUUUCCCGAGAAGCUUUGCUCAUUGAUGAAAAACUGUACUGUCUUGGAAAUGCUGGUUGUUUAAAAUGGCAUGAUUCGCUUCUUAUUGACUAUUUGAUUUACCGCCCUUUCACUCGUUACCCAAAUUUGCUGUAGACUUCACUCUCAUUUGAUAGGGUGGUGGCGUUAUACGUCCUUCAUGCAUUAACUAUGAAUUAUUAAUACAUAAUGUACUUUUUCACUUG